AUGACAGCACAACUCUCAUUUUGCUCGAGUGACGGCAGAGUUGUACAUUCCUAUUUAGGGAAAAUAGAAGAAAAUGAAUUUGCACUCAACGUGCAACAAUUGUGUCGACCGGUGAACAUACUGUUCUCGAGGUCAAAAUUCCCAAUUCUGAAGCGCGAAGACAAAUGGGGCUCUUCAAGCAGUGCUCCUCCAUACACAGCACCAGUCUCAGCUUCAGCGGCCUCACCGUAUCAAUUAAUUCCAUAUUCCUGCACUACGUUACACGCUUACUACUGCAUUGUUAUCCUGGCAAGCCCAACAAUGUCAAGCUUCCCACCAUCUGCAUGUGUGAUGUUAAUGGGAAACCCUACACUUUCGCAAAGUUGCAGCGUCAAAGGCUCGCAACGUUGUAAUAUCAAAACGGAACGGAAGAUCUCUUCUAGCUUAAUUGCGUGUCGCUUACGCGAGUUGUGCGAUCGCUUCGAGGAAGAAGAGUUCACUCUUCAGCGUUGCACCGUUGGGAAUUAUAACGAGAACCCUGCAAACAAGAUCGCGCAGUGGUUCCUUCCUAGAGCCUUUUUCCAAGGUUUUCUUGUUACUACAUAUGAUCGGUGGGAUCACAGCUAG